AUUGUCAACAAUAAAUUUUCCAUAUUUUAUGUUAAAUUUAUUUCUAAAAUAUAUUUGAAAACAUAUUGAAUUCUAAAUCAAUGUAUCUUCGAAUUUGCUAAGUCUGAAUAAUUAUUAAUUGAAGAAAGAUAUAUUAGUUUGACAGCUAGAGAGAGAUAAAAUGGUAGACGUCAAAGUCAGGCAGUAAUAGACAAAAGGAAAACGUCGUUACGUGGUCGACGAGUCACAGUGUUGUGAAAGUAUUUUGCAAUUAUCUAAAUUAAUUUUUACUCAAUUCAAAAUGUUGCGAUUAUUAUUUUUAAUUGCAACAUGUAUUCUUUGUUCGACACAAAAUACCGGUCUCGAAAGAAUUACCGACCAAGAUCUUUUAAAUUUAAUAAAAACCGAAAAAUAUGUUAUCGCACUUUUCACAAAAUCAAAUUGUAAAAAAUGUGACGAUUUUGAAAAGGAAUUGCAACGUGUUCGACAAGAUUUGGUUGAUAAUUUAUCUGCGUGGACUGUCAAAGUGACAGACAGUCAACUUUUACAUCUUUAUAGUCCAGAAAAAGAGCCUGUACUUGUAUUUUUUAGGCAUGGAAAUCCUUUAUUAUAUCAUGGUAUUGUGAAUGGAGAAGAAAUAUUAACUGUACUUUCUGAUAACAAAGAACUUGCAGUAAAAACUCUCAAUGAUGAUACUUUUGAACAUUUGACUCAAGCAAGCAGCGGAGCUACGACUGGUGAUUGGUUUAUUAUGUUUUAUGCUACUGAUGAUGUAAAUUCAUUAAGAAUGGGUGCGAGAUGGGAAACGGUUGGUGCAAAACUUAAACAUAGCAUUAAUGUUGCACGCGUAGAUAAAUAUACUGGUGGUACUGCCACAGCAAAAAGAUUCAAUGUUGUUAAUGUUCCUGAAUUUAUUUUCUUUAGACAUGGUAAAAUGUAUCGUUAUCAAAUUCCAAAAUAUGAUGUUAAUUCAUUAGUUGCAUUUGCAAAAGAUUGGUAUAAAAAUGCUCAUGCAGAAAAGGUUCCAGUUCCACAGACCCCGUUUGACGAUAUCACGCAAAAGAUAGCAGAUUUUCUUCGUGAAAAUCCGUGGAUUAUGAAAAUAGGCAGUAUUACUAUUGGUGUAUUAAUUAUUGUUUCUGUAGCUUCCAAGAUUAAAUAUAAAACAGACGUGCCACAGAAGAAGGAACAAUAAACACUCUCACUUUAAUUUGUUAUUAAUGGGUGUAUAUAUAUGCUACGAGUAAAAUAUGGAAAAAAAUAUUCAAUAAAAAAAUGACUAGAUAAUUUAUUAUACCUAAGAAUUAUAAAAGUGUUGAGAUAGUAACUUUUCUUUUUAAAAUAAAAUAUAAUAGCUUGUAUAUAUGCUUGAUAUAUACGAAUUUCUAGAUCUUAUAAAUAAUUACUAUAAUGUAAAUGUAUGGUUUAAUAAUAAAAGAAAAAUAUACAG